UGUUUCCCUUUCCUUACAUGGCCUGGUUCAGUCUGCUGGUUACAUCCACUCUGGAGUCUCCUAGGUGUCUCUGCCUCUGCCUCUAAUUGUCCCUUUUAUCUACAAGAAACAAAAACAAAACUCUUCUCUACCCACUAGGAGAAGUCAUUGUUUGGUUUAGACUUCGGGAUUGAGGUGCAUAUUUUACAUAUCAAAGCAGACCUGGCCUCCAGGUUCUCCCAGCAUCCCUCAGUCCCUACCUGGCACUCUGUCCCCGACCUUAAACUUUGCAGCCCAAGAGUUGGGCUGCCUUUCCCUCAGAGGCUCUUCCAUAUAUAUAUAACCCAGACAUUUUGUUCUCUUCUGUCUUCUCUCUUCUUCUCUGUCUGUGUUUACACCCUUUUUCUCUUUUCUUCCUUUAAUUCACACGUCAAGACUAAGUUCUCCAGGACAUGAAAGUCCCUUAGUGAAACCAGAGCGCAUUGAGACCCAGUUGUCAUUUCCCAACCCCCAGCCCCACUUCCAUGCUCAGGCCUCUUGCCUAGGUAUUGGGAUUGCUGCAUUACCUGACCUAACAAAAACUCAAGGCCAAAUGAAACCCCCACCUCCCACCCCCUGCCUUACAGAAGAGAGAAGAAAAAAGUUAGUAAAUCACCUGUUAGUGUUUAACCCUGGGGCUGAGUUCUUAGCACCUAAGUGCCAGCAGGGGUUGACCUCCCACAGGAAGGGGGAGGAGACCCUGGGGAAGCCUAAGGGUUCAAUGGCUUCAGACUGCAUCUGGCUACCUUCAGCCCACACAAACACCACAUACCCCCUGGGCAGGUGUGUAAGAAACCCCCAGGUGAGGGACCCCCCAGAGCCUGCCUGCUCCACCCUAUUGCACCCCCUCAAAGUAAAAGAAAAAAAAGCAGCCAGAGAAGCCUGAGCUUCAGGGUAGAAGGGAAGUUGGAGCCAGGUUGGGUUUCUUCUCUGCUCCUCUGCCCAGCCAUGGGGACUUUCAAUCUUUGGACAGAUUACCUAGGUCUGGCAAGACUGGUUGGGGCUUUGCAUGAGGAAGAGGAGCCUGAUGUCAGACUGAAUCCCAAACCAGAGCCCAAGCCAAGCUCAGCAAGCCAGCAAGCCAGCAAGGAAUCCUCAGCAGCUCCUGAACGCUUAUGUUCAUUCUGCAAACACAAUGGCGAGUCCCGAGCGAUCUAUCAGUCCCACGUCCUGAAGGAUGAGGCAGGGCGGGUGCUAUGUCCCAUCUUGCGGGAUUAUGUGUGUCCCCAGUGUGGGGCCACUCAGGAGCAUGCCCACACUCGACGCUUCUGCCCACUCACCAACCAGGGCUACACUUCUGUCUACUGCUACACCACCCGGAAUUCUGCAGGCAAAAAGCUGACCCGGCCUGACAAGGCAAAGACACAGGAUGUUGGCCACCGCCUUGGAGGAGAAGCAGCCGCAGGUUCCAAAAGUGGCAGGAAGCCCCCUGGACCUUCACCCUCGGUCUGCUGUCCCUCCACUACGGCCUAGGAGCUUGGAGUGGGGAGGACCAUGGUGGCACCAUUGCCAAGGGUCUGGACACAGGCAUCUGGAGACUGGACCUUGCUUAGGAUUGAGGCUGGCCACAGUCUUGUCAGAGAUCACCUUCCCCACCCUGGCCCUGCUUGUGUUGUUGCCUCAGCAUCCAAUAAAUGCUAAGGAUUGGAGCCUG